AAGACUGAGUUAGAUUGUGAAAGCUUGUAACAUGUUAAUCACAUAAUAACUCAGGUCCAAAGAGUUGAGAAAAAGACACAGAGGAAGAAGAUGUGAUUCAUGUAUAUAAUAUGGGUGAUAAUUUAGGUAUUAUCCAACCUUUUCUGUCAAGACAUUUGAAAUGAUCAUCCUCUUUCUCUUCUUCAUGUUUGUUAUCCUCUCUUGUGACUCUGCUAAAGACCACAACAUUUCUAAUCCUAUCUGCCCUGAGAGUUUUAACUGUACGGGUCUUGCUCAAUUCAAGUACCCGUUUUACAAUGUCACUGAUACGCGAUGUGGGUUGAUCAAGGUCAACUGUACUACAAAAGGUGCAGUAGUUGAACUCGGAGGAAGGUCAUAUGAGAUCAUUAACAAGUUUGAUUCUGAUUCUUCCUUCGUGAUCCGUAAUAGAACAUUCGAAGAACUCAUCGAAGCUAAAAGUUGUGCGGCACUUAAUAAUUUCACUUCUCCAAUUCCUCUUUUGUUUUCCAUUUCAAUAGCUCCCUACAUCACUCUCUUUAAAUGCACAAAGAAGAACCUCAGUUACACUCAACAAAUGGAUGCUUAUUUCAAGCAACCUACUUACAAUAGCUACAACCUUUGCAAAGAUCACAAUUUCUACUAUAAUUAUUCAGUCAACAAUGGAACAGUUCCAAGUGAUCUCCCACAUUCGUGUCAAGUAAUACGAUUGCCGGCGAUGUUAGCGCCAGGCCCAGAUGGCCCUGAAGUAAAUUACACCAACAUAUUUUCUCUUAUCAAUUCUUAUUUCGGUAUUUCAUUUCAGCUGUCACCUUCCUGUAUUGAGUGUCAAAGAAUAGGCGGCCAGUGUUAUGCUCGCUAUGGAAUAUUUCAGUGUUUAGACGCUAAACAGGAUGCAGGAAAAAAAUCGUCACGGGUGAUUCUUGUCAUAGCUCUGGGUGUAGGAUCGGUGACAAUAUUAAUCACCAUGGUCUUAUGCUUUAGAAGGAAGGUCAGAUGGAGAACAAAGUCAAAGAAUAAUGUCAAUGUGGAAAUAUUUCUAAAGAAUCAUGAAUUCAUAGCUCCAAAAAGGUAUUCUUAUUCACAAGUCCAGAAGAUGACAAACUCCUUUGAAGUCAAACUAGGCCAAGGUGGCUUCGGUUCUGUGUAUAAAGGAGCGAUAAGUGACCAAAACCUGGUAGCAGUGAAGGUUUUAAAUGAGCUUAAAGGUGAUGGGGAAGAUUUCAUCAAUGAAGUCGCGAGUGUUGGCAGUACAUCCCAUGUGAAUAUUGUCAGUUUAGUGGGAUAUUGUUUGGAGGGCCGUCGAAAGGCUUUAAUCUACGAAUUCAUGCCUAAUGGAUCCCUUGAGAGGUUCAUAUAUGGUCGGGGUUCUUCAAGUAAUAGCGACCUUGGGUGGGAAAAGUUGCACCAGAUCGCUAUCGGGAUUGCUCGAGGACUAGAAUACUUGCAUACGGGUUGCAACACACGGAUCUUACAUUUGGACAUAAAGCCACACAACAUUCUACUGGAUCAAGAGUUUUGUCCUAAAAUAUCCGACUUUGGGCUGGCUAAGCUUUUCCCAAAUGAAAGAAGCAUGAUAUCCAUGUCCCGUAUGAGAGGAACACCAGGGUAUAUUGCUCCGGAACUAUUUUCUAGAACUUUUGGACAGGUCUCACACAAAUCUGAUGUUUAUAGUUACGGAAUGCUGAUUCUAGAAAUGGUUGGAGGGAGGAGAAAUAUCGAGGUUGAAGUUGAUCACACUAGUGAAAUAUACUUUCAUCAUUGGAUAUACAAAAAGAUUGCAUCACAGGAAGAAGAGCUUGGACUGCACGAGAUUGUGAAUACCGAAGAAAACGAGACGAUAAGGAAAAUGAUUAUUGUAGGGUUGUGGUGCAUACAAACUAAUCCAUUUAGUCGUCCUACUAUUAGUAAGGUUUUGGAAAUGUUAGAAGACAACAUAGCAUCAUUGGAAAUCCCUCCAAAGCCUUAUAUAUUUUCUCCAUCAAGAUCAGUUGCUUCCUCAAGUACAGGUCAAUUGAGCCAUUAACUAUUGUUCAUUUACUGGACCUUAAACUUUUUUGGUCAUUUAAUUAUUGUUAAGUUAGUUAUUUCUUAAGAAUUAUUAUAAGUUAA